AUGCACGAGCGGUACAGCUACGUGUGUCCGGAUCUAGUCAAAGAGUUCAGCAAGUACGACACAGACGCCUCCAAGUGGAUUAAGCAGUACACCGGCAUCAACGCCAUCAGCAAGAAGGAGUUCACCAUCGACGUCGGCUACGAGCGUUUCCUGGGGCCCGAAAUCUUCUUCCACCCCGAGUUCGCCAACCCCGACUUCACCCAGCCCAUCUCCGAGGUCGUGGACGAGGUCAUCCAGAACUGCCCCAUCGAUGUCAGGCGUCCUCUCUACAAGAACGUGGUGUUGUCUGGAGGCUCCACCAUGUUCAGGGACUUUGGUCGUCGUCUGCAGAGAGACUUGAAGAGAACGGUCGACGCAAGACUGAAGAUGAGCGAAGAGCUGAGCGGAGGAAAGCUCAAGCCCAAACCAAUCGAUGUCCAAGUUAUCACUCAUCAUAUGCAGAGAUACGCAGUUUGGUUCGGUGGAUCAAUGUUAGCGUCGACUCCGGAGUUCUACCAGGUCUGCCACACCAAAAAGGACUACGAGGAGAUCGGGCCGAGCAUCUGUCGCCACAAUCCCGUGUUUGGAGUCAUGUCUUAACUUCGGACCUCCAAAGUCUAACAGCGGCUGGUUUGGGUCGAGGG